AUGGACCCGUUGAGAAAAUUGCUGCUCAACCCUCUGCGGGGAGGAGUGCACAGCCACACGCGGAGGGAGGCGGGGGGGGAGGGGAGGGCAGGCGGAGGGCAGGGGGAGGAUAAGGGAGGAGGACAAAAGUGGGGCAGGGGAAGGAGAAUGGGAGCGAGACGGGAAGGACAGGUGGAGACAAUAAGUCCGUACAGGAGGUGGGAAGAUGGGGGUGAGUGGGUGAGUGAGUGGGUGGUGAGUGAAUGGAUGGUGAGUAAGUGGGUGGUGAGUGAGUGGGUGGUGAGUGGAUGGGUGGUGAGUGAGUGGGUGGUGAGUGAGUGGGUGGUGAGUGAAUGGGUGGUGAGUGAGUGGGUGGUGAGUGGAUGGGUGGUGAGUGAGUGGGUGGUGAGUGAGUGGGUGGUGAGUGAAUGGGUGGUGAGUGAGUGGGUGGUGAGUGGAUGGGUGGUGAGUGCGUGGGUGGUGAGUGGAUGGGUGGUGAGUGGAUGGGUGGUGAGUGGAUGGGUGGUGAGUGGAUGGGUGGUGAGUGGAUGGGUGGUGAGUGGAUGGGUGGUGAGUGGAUGGGUGGUGAGUGGAUGGGUGGUGAGUGGAUGGGUGGUGAGUGGAUGGGUGGUGAGUGGAUGGGUGGUGAGUGGAUGGGUGGUGAGUGGAUGGGUGGUGAGUGGAUGGGUGGUGAGUGGAUGGGUGGUGAGUGGAUGGGUGGUGAGUGGAUGGGUGGUGAGUGGAUGGGUGGCGAGUGGAUGGGUGGUGAGUGGAUGGGUGGUGAGUGGAUGGGUGGUGAGUGGAUGGGUGGUGAGUGGAUGGGUGGUGAGUGGAUGGGUGGUGAGUGGAUGGGUGGUGAGUGGAUGGGUGGUGAGUGGAUGGGUGGUGAGUGGAUGGGUGGUGAGUGGAUGGGUGGUGAGUGGAUGGGUGGUGAGUGGAUGGGUGGUGAGUGGAUGGGUGAGAAUCAGAGAAUCACAGCACAGGGCCAUGAGGGUGCUGGACGGGGACUCGUGUGUGGACCCCAGCCAGCCAGGUCGCUGUGAUGGACGAAUCACGCAGCACGAGUCACAGGUGGAACACGGGAUGGGGAACGAGGGGGACGGGGAAUGA